AUGUCGCUACCUAGAAAAGACCAGCUCUUCAUCUUGUUCAUCAGCCGCCUGGUCGACUUUCUCCAGGUGGCCUCGAUGCAGGCCUAUGUCUUCUUCCAGCUGAAGCACUUUGACAACACGCUGUCGGACGCCCAGAUCUCCCAGCAGGCUGGGUUGCUGCAGGGCUGCUUCACGGGCGCGCAGGUACUCACCGCGAUCCUGUGGGGCAAGGCGGCAGAUGCGAGCUGGUGUGGCCGGAAAUGGGUGCUGGUCAUCGGUCUGGGUGGCACAGCACUCUCGUGCAUUGGGUACGGAUUCGCGACGACGUUCUUCUGGGCUGCGUUCUGGCGCGCAUUUGGUGGUGCUAUCAACGGCACGGUGGGCAUUAUCCGAACCAUGGUGGCCGAGUUCACCGUGGAGAAAAAGUACCAAUCGCGUGCCUUCUUGAUCCUGCCCAUGAGCUUCAACGUGGCAGGCAUCUUGGGACCCAUCAUGGGUGGCAUGCUGGCUGACCCGGCGGUCAACUUACCGGGCAUAUUUGGCGACGGCGCUGUGUUCGGGUUUCAAUGGAUUCGCGACUAUCCUUAUGCGCUGCCAAGCCUGAUGAACUUUAUGUUUCUCAGCACAGCGACGGCGGUCGCUUUCUUGUUCCUGGAAGAGACAUCCAAAAAGCGCCAGGGCAACUUUGACUUUGGCCUCCAUCUUGGGACUCGCCUCAAGCAGGCCAUCUUCCGUGGUCGCUCUCACGAUGGCUACGCACGCGUCAGCACUCUCUACGAUGAGGCGGCAGUUCCCUUACAAAGCCUCAACAAGCCCGAGGCCCCGCGCAAGCCCAAGGUUUCCGCAGGCGUCCUGCCUUUUACUCGCCUCUGGACGCGCAACGUCAUCUUCACGUUGAUAUCCAUCGCCUUCUUCGACUUUCACCUGGGCGCUUUCACGAACAUUUGGUCUCUCUACUUGUCUACUCCUCGCCACUACACUGGUGGCCACGAUAAGCAAGCGACAGAUGCCGCGACGCAGAAGCGCGACCUCUUCAUGCUUUUCACCGGCGGCAUGGGCAUGCCGGCAUCUACAGUGGGCAUGGCGACGUCUAUCCUGGGCUUCUUGGGCAUGUUCUUGCAGGUCACCUUGUACCCACCUGUACAGGCCCGUCUAGGGACCAUGCGCUCGUUCCGCUACUUCUUCAUCCUCUUUCCUGUGGCAUAUUUCUUGGCGCCCUAUCUGUCGAUUCUCCCAUCCUCGACGCCCGCGCCCGAGCCGUCCUCUGGAUUCUUCAUCUGGGCGGGCAUCAUCAUCGUCCUUUUGCUACAGGUGACCGCACGCACGUUCACCCUACCCGCCAGCAUCAUCCUGCUCAACAACUGCAGCCCGCACCCGUCUGUUCUCGGCACGAUCCACGGCCUGGGGCAGAGCGUGUCUGCUGGCUUCCGCACGGUCGGACCCGUUGUGGGCGGAUGGUGGUACGGCUACGGCCUGGACAUUGGCAUGGUUGCGUGGGGCUGGUGGCUGGUGGCCGCGGCGUCCAUGUUUGGCUGUCUGACGGCGUUGGGGAUGCACGAAGGAAGCGGGCAUGAAGUGUUCCUGCCCGGCGAACGAGAUGAAGACGAGGACUGA